AUGGAUGUUGUGACGUUCGCAUUCAACGCCCCGGUCGAGUACGACCGGAGCCGACCUCUGUACAUCGAUGCUCGAGAACCUUCGCGCUGUCUAAAUGCCCUUCAAUUCAAACAUCUGGUGCAGACUCUUAUUGCUGGACUGAAGCGCCAGGUUGAACCGGGAGAUGCAGUCUUGGUUCACCUGGGGAAUAGCUUCGUCCAUUCAGCCCUCUUCUUCAGCAUCCUUGGGGCUGGGAAUGUCUACAUGGGUGUCAGCCCAGACAGUCCGCCACAUGAACUGGACAACGUGCUCGAAGCCGGCCAACCCAAGCUUAUCCUCACCACUAGCGCAACCCUCCAGACCGUGCUUGACGUUGCCUCAGCGCGAAGCCUCUCGCCGAAUCAAAUCUGCCUCUUCUCCGAGGAGACUAUCCUCACCUUCCUUCACCACCCAGAAGCCCUCAACCACCACGAGUCCACCACCACCACCACUCCCCAACCCAUGACCCUAACCAGUUUGCUGACCCAUGGCACCUCCCCCUGGACAGCCCUCACAGCAUCGCAAGCGCGUGCCACCCCCGCCUCGAUGUUCUGCACCAGCGGCACCAGCGGCGUACCCAAAGCCGCCAUCCUCUCGCACACCAACAUGAUAACCCACCAUCUCAGCAGUCACUACCCUGACCCCAGCACCAGCACCACAAGCCGACUCAUCACCAUCCCCAUCCAUCACCUCUACGGCGCCGUCUGGACGCACAUCUUCCCCAUCCGCUACGGAGAGCCGGUCUACCUGCUCCCCCGCUUCGAGAUCCACGCCUUCUUGCAAGCCGUGCACACCCACCAGAUCACCAACACCUACCUUGUCCCCGCCAUGGUCCACAUCCUCAACCAGUGCCCCUUCCCCAACAUCCAGCCCUCCCUCGCCUCCCUCCGCUUCUGCCUCAUUUCUGCCGCCCCCAUCGACGUCCCCGCCCUCGACUGCCUCCAAUCCCGUCUCGUCCACCCCUCCGCCAUCGUUACCCAGAACUGGGGGAUGACGGAGACCGGCCUCGUCUUCCUCUCGCCCGCCACUGAUACCGUCCACGAUAAAGCGAGCAUCGGUCGGGUGCGCGGCGAGGGGGUCGAGGUGCAGCUCGUAGACCCGCAGGACAGCCAUACUGUUCUUGCGGGAGAUGAUACCGCCGGAGAGGUGUGGGUGAGGGGCCCCGGAAUCUUCAUGGGGUAUAGGAACCGUCCUGAAGAGAAUCCAAAAGCAGAGGGCGGGUGGUUUCGUACGGGGGAUAUGAUGUAUCGCCGACACGGGUUGUAUUAUGUGUUUGGGAGGGUGAAAGAGAUUAUCAAGGUUCGGGGGUAUUCGGUUGCCCCCGCAGAGAUUGAGGAGGUGUUGGCCCAGCACCCGGAGGUCCAAGAUGUGGCUGUACUCGGGGUGCAGGCGAGCGAUGGGAGUCGCACAGAAGUGCCCCGGGCGUUUGUGGUGCGGGCGGAAAAGACGCCAGCGUCGUCUGCGCAGGUCACGGAAGCAGAGCUGUAUCGGUUCGUGGCGGAGCGGUUGGCGAGGUACAAGGCACUGGACGGGGGGGUGGUAUUCGUGAGUCAGAUUCCCAGGACGGCGACGGGGAAGAUUCAGCGGGCCAAGUUGGGGCAGAUGAAUGCGCAGAGGGAGAAGGUUGCGAAGAUUCUGCAGGCGAGAAAGGUCGCUGUUGGGAUUGUGCCGUGA